AUGAGUCGCUGUGCUGGUAGAGUGGAGGUUCAUCAUAGAGGUCAGUGGGGAACAGUGUGUGAUGAUGACUGGGAUUUGGCUGAUGCUGCAGUGGUGUGUAGAGAACUGGACUGUGGAGAACCUGUAGAUGCUCUGAGUGAUGCUCAUUUUGGACCAGGAUCAGGACCAAUCUGGAUGAGUUUUGUCAUGUGUACUGGAUCAGAGUCCACACUGAAGAACUUCGCUGUGCUGGUAGAGUGGAGGUUCUUCAUAGAGGUCAGUGGGGAACAGUGUGUGGUGAUUGGCUGGGAUUUGGCUGAUGCUGCAGUGGUGUGUAGAGAACUGGACUGUGGAGAACCUGUAGAUGCUCUGAGUGAUGCUCAUUUUGGACCAGGAUCAGGACCAAUCUGGAUGAAAAAUGCAGUGGAGGUUCAUCAUAGAGGUCAGUGGGGAACAGUGUGUGAUAAUGGCUGGGAUUUGGCUGAUGCUGCAGUGGUGUGUAGAGAACUGGACUGUGGAGAACCUGUAGAUGCUCUGGGUGAUGCUCAUUUUGGACCAGGAUCAGGACCAAUCUGGAUGAGUCUUGUGUUAUGUUCUGGAUCAGAGUCUACACUGAAGAACUGUGGGUCAUCAGGAUGGAGCAUACAUGACUGUACUCACAAAUCUGAUGCUGGUGUCAUCUGUUCAGGUCAUAAACCUUCCAGACUUGUUAAUGGAUCUCACCUGUGCUCUGGGAGGUUAGAGAUACUUCAUGAUCAGACGUGGAUGUCAGUGUGUGAUGCUGCCUUUGACCAGCAGGAUGCAGAGGUUGUGUGUAGAGAGCUGGACUGUGGGGCUCCUGUACAGGUGCUGGGAGCAGCUGCUUUUGGCAAAGGAGACACUCAGAUGUGGACACAAGAGAUUCAGUGCAGAGGAAAUGAAUCUCAGAUUUCAUUCUGUUCAAUAUCAUCAUCACACAAACACAACUGCACCAGUUACACAGAUAUUAAACUGGUAAACAGUUCAGACUCUUGUUCUGGAAGAGUGGAGCUUCAGUUCCUCAGUAAAUGGGGCACAGUGUGUGAUGCAUGCUGGGAUAUGAGAGCUGCCAGUGUCCUCUGUAGACAGCUGAAUUGUGGGAUUGCUGUGUCUGUUGUGGGAUCAGACUGGUUUGGAGAGGGAAGUGGUGAAAUCUGGGCUGAUGUGUUUGAUUGUGACGGGAAUGAAACAAAACUCUCAGAAUGUUCCAUCUCUUCAUGGAGUCGAGCUGAAUGUUCUCAUAGACGAGAUGUUGGAGUCAUCUGCUCUAAUUCCUCUCUGGCUCUUCAUGAUGGUCUGGUGCGGUUGUCUGGAGAGAGACAGUGUGAGGGGGAGGUGGAAGUUUUCUUCCAUCAGGUCUGGAGGAGAGUUCUGCUGGACUCCUGGAGUCUCACUGAAUCCUCUGUGGUCUGCAGACAGCUGGGCUGUGGCUUUGUGCUGAACUUCUACGGCUCCUCUUCAUCCAGUCCUGAACACAGUCAUGAGUGUGUGACGGGCUUCCAGUGCUCUGGGAGUGAAGCUCAUCUGGGGAACUGCAGCUCUCCACAAACUCUCAACUGCAGCUCCACACAACAGCUGUCAAUCACCUGCCUUGGUCGUGGGUCCAUCAGGCUGGUGGGUUCUGGGGGAGACUGUGCAGGGAGGCUGGAGGUUUUUCACAGCGGCUCAUGGGGGACAGUGUGUGAUGACUCCUGGGAUAUUAAAGAUGCCCAUGUGGUGUGCAGACAGCUGCAGUGUGGAGUGGCCCUCAGUAACCAGCAGGUACCAGCCUGGUUUGGUCCUGGUUCUGGACCCAUAUGGCUGGAUGAGGUGGAGUGUGAGGGGAAUGAGACGUCCCUGUGGAGCUGCUCUUCUCCAGGCUGGGGAAAACAUGACUGUCUGCACAAAGAGGAUGUAGGAGUUGUGUGCUCAGAGUUUAAAGAGAUAAGGUUAACUGAAGGCUGUGAAGGCAAUGUGGAGGUUUUCUACAAUGGAUCUUGGGGUAAUGUAUGUUACGACGAGAUGAACAUAGACACAGUGAGUCUGAUCUGUCAAGAGCUGAACUGUGGGAGAUCUGGUCAUUUUUUUGAUUCAAAAUCAAGAGUGGAAUCAGCUCCUAACUGGGUGGAUGAAAUGAAAUGUCGACCACAUGAUUCAAAUCUGUGGCAGUGUCCAUCUUCACCCUGGGGACAGAAUGACUGUGAUGAAGUGGCCAAAAUCACUUGCUUAAGUGAGACAUUUUCUUCUCUCAAAUACCAUGAUCAUGUUCCUCUCAGACUGAGUGGAGGGGAGGGCCGGUGCUCCGGGAGGCUGGAGGUGUAUCAUAACGCUGUGUGGGGCUCAGUCUGUGAUGAUCAGUGGGACAUCAGUGAUGCUCAGGUGGUCUGCAGGCAGCUGGGUUGUGGAGCUGCACUGAGGGCUGAUGGGAAUUCGGUCUUUGGUGCUGGUGAAGGUGUUGUGUGGAUGAACAAGGUUGAGUGCAGAGGGAAUGAGAUUCACCUGUGGGAUUGUCCUCUCUCCCUGAAAAACCACACUCACUGCUCCCACAAAGAGCAUGCUGGACUCACCUGUGCAGAUUUUCUAGAAUUGUAUGUGUCUUCUACACCUUCUACAACAUCAGUCACUCCUUCACAAACUCCUCCAGCAGCGUCUCUCUCUGUCCCCCCAGAGCUUGUGAUUGUACUGGUAGUUGUGCUCUUACUGCUCUUAGUGCCACUGCUUAUACUGAUUCAGCAGAACAGAGUGAUGAGGAGAGGUCUUCACAAGACACCAAUUGAGUCAGUUUAUGAAGAAAUUUAUCGCAGACACAGUCACUUCUCUUAUAGAGGGAGUCUCAUCUCUGAAGAACUGCAUUCUGGGUAUGAAGAUGUUGAUGAGCUUCUCUCAGACCACACACCAGAGGGCUAUUAUGAUGACGUCAUCAUCAGCAGUGGACAGAACUAUGUGGACACACCAGAGUAUUACGAUGAUGCCAUCAGUAGUAGACAGUGCUGUCAAUGUGUAACAGGUCUAUCAGAGGGAGAUCAAGAAGAGUAUGAUGAUGAUUUGAAGAACAGCAAUGAAGAUGUGAGAAACAUGUUAGACUAUGACGAUGUAGGAGAGGAGGGACUGUAUGACUCAUUGGCCACACCCACCAUCAUAGCUCAGGGGCUGACAGGAGCCAGUUUCUUCAGUGUGUUUGAGGGAGCGGACGAGAAUCUUGUGCUCUACCAUGUGAAUGUGAGGUUGGUUGGUGGUCACAGUCGCUGUGCUGGUAGAGUGGAGGUUCUUCAUAGAGGUCAAUGGGGAACAGUGUGUGAUGUUUUCUGGGAUUUGGCUGAUGCUGCAGUGGUGUGUAGAGAACUGGACUGUGGAGAACCUGUAGAUGUUCUGAGUGAUGCACAUUUUGGACCAGGGUCAGGACCAAUAUGGAUGAAAUAUGUUGUGUGCAAUGGAUCAGAGUCUACACUGAAGAACUGUGGAUCAUCAGGAUUUGAUAAGCAUAUUUGUGGUCAUUCUAAUGAUGCUGGAAUCAUCUGCUCAGUGAAUGUGCGGUUGGUUGGUGGUCACAGUCACUGUGCUGGUAGAGUGGAGGUUCAUCAUAGAGGUCAGUGGGGAACAGUGUGUGAUGAUAACUGGGAUUUGUCUGAUGCUGCAGUGGUGUGUAGAGAACUGGACUGUGGAGAACCUGUACAUGCUCUAUAUGAUGCUCAUUUUGGACCAGGAUCAGGACCAGUCUGGAUGAGUGUAGUGUUAUGUUCAGGAUCAGAAUCAACACUGAAGAACUGUGAGUCAGCAGGAUGGGGUAAAAAUUAUUGUGCUCAUUCUGAAGAUGCAGGAGUCAUUUGCUCAGGAGUCAGGCUGGUUGGAGAUUCUCGCUGCUCUGGGAGAUUGGAGAUACUUCAUAAUCAGAUGUGGAUGUCAGUGUGUGAUGCUGCCUUUGACCAGCAGGAUGCAGAGGUUGUGUGUAGAGAGCUGGACUGUGGGGCUCCUGUACAGGUGCUGGGAGCAGCUGCUUUUAACAAAGGAGACACUCAGAUGUGGACACAAGAGAUUCAGUGCAGAGGAAAUGAAUCUCAGAUUUCAUUCUGUUCAGUGUCAUCCUCAGACAAACACAACUGUUCAUACAGUGCUGGACUGAUGUGUGCAGGUGUCAGGCUGGUUGGAGGUUCUCGCUGUUCUGGGAGGUUAGAGAUACUUCAUGAUCAGACGUGGAUGUCAGUGUGUGACGCUGCCUUUGACCAGCAGGAUGCAGAGGUUGUGUGUAGAGAGCUGGACUGUGGGGCUCCUGUACAGGUGCUGGGAGCAGCUGCUUUUGGCAAAGGAGACACUCAGAUGUGGACACAAGAGAUUCAGUGCAGAGGAAAUGAAUCUCAGAUUCACUUCU